AUGGUGUCUUCUAUAAAUUCGGAUAUUCAGAGACUAGCGUUGCCAAAACGAUUUUCUUACCAAGAACUAGUUGCAGCCACCAAUGGAUUUGCAAAUGACGGAAGGCUAGGUCACGGAGGCUGCAAGGUUGCUGUGAAGAAAAUCUUCACGGAAUCUGAGCACUAUGAGGGAAUUUUUGUCAAUGAAGUGAAGAUAAAAAGUCGGUUGAUACAUAGAAACCUGGUGCAAUUCAUCGGAUGUCUUGAGCAAGGCGAAUGCUUACUUGUUUAUUCAUACAUGCCAAACAGCAGCCUGGAUACGCAUAUAUUUGGCUCGAAAACAACAUUGCAAUGGGAUUUCAAGUACAAGAUAGCUUUAGGCUUGGCUUCCGCUCUUCAUUAUCUACAUGAAGGUGCAGAGCAGUGCGUUCUUCAUAGGGAUAUCAAAUCAGCUAAUGUCUUGUUAGACAAAGAUUUCAGUGCUAAGCUUGGGGAUUUUGGGAUUGCCAAGCUCGUGGAUCCCCAGUUCAAGACUCAGAUAACAGGGGUGGUAGGGACUUUUGGAUACAUUGCCCCUGAAUAUGCAAACGGAGGGAGAGUCAGUAAAGAAUCUGACAUGUUUAGUUUUGGAGUUGUCGCCUUGGAACUUGCAUGUGGAAGGAGGACUUACUGUGAUGGGGGGUUUUACUUGCCAAUUGUGAGUUGGGUUUGGCAACUCUACCUUGCUGGAAAUCUUCUAUGUGUAGCUGAUGAAAGAUUGGAAGUGGAUUUUGACCGAAAUGAAAUGGAAUGCUUGUUAGUUGUUAGAUUAUGGUGCAGUCAGCCCAACAGCGAGGGAAGGCCAAAAGCCGGACAAGUGAUAAAGGUUCUUCAGCUCGAAGCACCAUUUCCGGAACUUCCACCUGAUAUGCAUGACAUUCCACUCCUGCCUCAGCACCAGUUGGUUCCUCUCAAUGAUCUUUAG